AUGUCUUCCCUUUCGUCCUCGUUCAAGUCCAUAGAGGGAAUGCCAGCUAUUACGCCGACGCCGGUUUACUCCAAUAUUCUUGUUGGUCAACCUCCAGUUUACGUACAGUGCACUGGCCUUACUGACUUGACUGACGGUGAGUCUUCACAAUACUGUUACAACGGUACUGUUUUCCAACAACCUGGUGGAGAUAAUGUCUACCUUCGGUUAAAAUUGGACGAUUCGAAUACUGUAAUCUAUCCAGUAGUUGGUCAAUCAGUAAUUGGCCAACCACAGGAUCCCAAUUUACUUCAACAACAACAGCAAGUCACUGGUCAGCAGCAAGGUCAACAAGCCAUCCAGCAACAAAGACAGCAAAACUCUCAACAAGUUGCUCAAUCUCAGCAAGCAGUCACCUUGGCUGUUGGUACUCCCAUAGUUACCACAACACAACAUCUUCAACAGCAACAACAACAGCAGGCAAGUUUUUUUCCUCUCAAUAAGCCAUUUUUCUUCACGCUCUUCUACGAAUUUGGUGGUGAAGAGUCGGUAGUUGUAACAGCUGUCGCUCAACCAGCUGCCACGGUAACUACUCAACUUAACGAGUGUGUCUAUUGUCGGGUCACUUUUGCCUCGGAUAUGGAUCUACGUCAUCAUAUGGAAAUGUCCCAUAAUAGUGCGAGGCGAUUUCAAUGUACCAUUUGCGGAAAGUCCUACACUAAGGCUUUUCUCCUGAAGAAUCACAUCAAAAGUCGUCAUGAUAACAUUCGAGAUAUCUUCUGCCCAACUUGUCAAAAAGCCUUUAGCAAACGCUCGGUUAUGAAGCGUCAUAUGAAAUCAGUUCACGCAGACUCGAAGGACUACACUUGCACGUUGUGUAAUAAGGCUUUUGCUGAAAAGAAGAACCUACAAAUGCACAUCAAUGCUCUUCAUAAAGGUCUGAAACCAUUUCAUUGUCAGGUUUGCGGCAAGGAUUUUGCUCGAAAGUGUGAUCUUUUGAGACAUGGAAAUUCCGUUCAUAAAGAAAGCAAGCCUUUCGAAUGCAGUUCAUGUGGCAAGGGCUUCCCCCAAAGAUGGUAUCUGGAACGUCACAUGGUCGCUGUUCACAAAAUGAAUCUUCAACAGAUGCCCCAAAUGCCAGCCACAACCUCAAAUGUUUUCGCAAUGACCCAGGCACCUCAGGCAGCCACAGCAACGAUCCUCACCCAGGACCAAUUAAUGCAACAGAUUCAACAGCAGCAGCAGAUAAUUCAAACCCAGCAAGUACAGCAACAUCAAGUGAUUCAGCAGACCCAGCAGCAACAUGGCCAACAACAAAUAAUCCAGACGACAGGUCAGCAGCAGGGUCAACCAACUCUAAUACAACACCCUCAGAUUAUUCAACAACAGCAGAACCAACAGCAAGACCAGCAACAACAACAGCUACAACAGCAGCUGAAUACCCAGCAGCAGCAACAGCAGACUACAGUUUCGCAGAAUCAAGUAAUGACCCAGAUUGUUCAACCGCAGUUUUCACAAGCCCAGCAACAGCAAUUACAAUUCUCUGCUUUCUCCCAGGCUCCCACUAACUCCGUCAGCAUUGUGGCGGCAGCUGGAGGAGCCCGUUUUGCGGUUCCGAUGCCUGCAGGGGCAACUGUCAGCGCAACAGGGACACCUCUGAAUUCAACCACCACACACAUGGUUCCCACGCUCUUCUUCCAACAAGCAGGCGGCGGUGGAACUCUCAUUCCCUCCACACAUCACCAGCUGCAAUUGGCUGCUGCCGCUGCCGCAGCUGCCCAACAAGGAAGUGGCGCUGUCCAACCUCAACAGCAGCAGGCUGGGCAACAACAGCAGCGUAUUCAAGUGGCCGCUGGUCAGCAGCUUACCACGGCAACUGGCCUGCCUCCUGCUCAGCACAUGCUUCAACAAGGUGCUACGACCAUCUCGAUCAUUAAUCCCUCCGCUCAGACUGUUACUGCUACCCAAAUGCAAACACAACAACCGCAUCCUCCAGCGCAAAAGCAAAGAAAGCAGUACGCUUGUGAUCAAUGCGAUAAGGUAUACCCGCGAAAUCAGAGUUUACAGGCCCAUAUAAUUCAGGUUCACUCCGAUGUGAGGCCAUACACCUGUCGUAUUUGCCGCAAAGGAUUCGUGCGCAGAUGGGAUUUCUAUCGCCACUUGAAUGCGGUUCACAGAGAUCGUGCUCGUGACGCAUUGGAUGAGGAUAAGGUAGAUGAGUACGUAACUUGGAUGCGUAGUCGAGCCCCAACUGCAGAUAUUUCUUGGGAGUGUUUGAAUGCAGUGCGGGAGGAAUGUCCUGCAACAUCUACGGCUACUUCAAUGUCAGCAGCAGUAAGUGGAGUGUCUACCUCAGUUGUCAAUGUGAUUGCCACUACAACCUCAACAACCACGCCCGUGAAUCAGAUUGCGAUUAAAACUUCAGGCUCCCCUGUUGCAAGCCAAAAUAAUCAACAGCAGCCUUCAGCACCUUCAAGUGGUGGUUCCGCAAGUGCUGUUGUCCAAACACCAGCUAAUUCUGGAAAUGUGACAUUGACCAUGAUCAAACCCGCUGAUGAAUGA